UUUAAAACUAAUUCCAUCAGAAUUUAGGUCAAUUUAAUAAGAAUUUACGUAUUUGCAAAACUGAUUUGACUACUUUUUUCGUCAUGGCUAUCUUCGCGAUUUACCGCCAGUGCGCAUUCUCGAAUCGACUUUCGUCGUGUUCACUGUGGUCCUUUGGUUCCAUUCGCUCUUUUGCCAAGAAAAUGGGUCUCCCACGUGUUUACUUUGAUAUGGCUUCGGACGGCCAGCCCCUCGGCAGGAUCGUUAUGGAGCUCCGUUCGGAUGUAACCCCAAAAACGAGUGAAAACUUCCGCUCUUUAUGUACCGGGGAGAAGGGCUUCGGUUAUAAAGGUUCCACCUUCCAUCGAGUGAUUCCAAACUUCAUGUGCCAAGGUGGUGAUUUUACCAAUCACAAUGGCACUGGUGGAAAAUCAAUUUACGGAACGAAAUUCGAGGAUGAAAACUUUACAUUGAAACAUACCGGACCUGGUAUUAUGUCGAUGGCGAAUGCUGGUCCUAAUACAAAUGGAUCCCAAUUUUUUAUUACCACCGUUAAGACAUCGUGGCUGGAUAAUAGACAUGUUGUCUUCGGACAAGUCGUCGAAGGAAUGGAUGUUGUGAAAAAUAUUGAGUCUAUGGGUUCUCAAUCAGGAAAAACAACCAAAAAAAUUGUCGUUGCCGAUUGUGGCCAAUUGUAAAACCGAUUAUGAAAACAAAAAUUUACAUUACAAAGAGUUCGUUCCACUCCUUUAAUAAAAUAAAUGAGUUUUAAAUGUAAAAGAUGUAACGUUUUUUAAACAAAAGAAUUUCUGCACUUAUUUAGUCUUUCUUUCAAGAUUUAAAAGGCUACAAAAAUAUUUAGAUUUUUUUUUGAUUCAUUUAUCUCGUUUUCUUUUUCUUUUUGAUACGUUUAAUAAAUAAUUAUUGUAAUAGAAUUCUAAGAAUGCAUUUGAUUUUUAUUUCAUUCCCAGUUUUGUAUUUUAAGAUAAAUUUGGAAAAUGAAACAACGUUCUCUUAGUAGAUUUGUGAUGAUCAGCAGCGUUCUUUGGCGUUUUUCUCCUGCCAUUUACUUGUAAAACAUUUAUCUAGGUAUAUAGUGUCGACAAAAAAAAUUAAAAAUAAGCAACGUAAGAAUCCUUUAAAUAACAGUUGUGAUGUUUAUAAACUGGUCGUGUAUAACAGGUUGGGUUUAAAAAGAAAAAUUAAUAAAUCAUGAGCGACAAAUUCAA